AUGGCGUACGGCAAUCAGCUACUCGACGCCUCCGCCCGCGAAUCUCCAGAGGUCUCAUUAUCUGGGUCACUCUCGCCUACAACGCUGGUGGCCACAACAACAGACCAUUAUCCUGCAACCACGGCACCGUGGUCGAGCUACGCAGCCCCUCAGGGUGCGUCGCCCAGCUCAUAUGGCGAUAGCCUUCCGAUGCCAGGCUACGGUUCUGGAGGCGAGUACUACCCGAGUGAGGGAGAAUGGUCAAGAGUGCGGAACUCUUUCUCACGCUCACCAGCAGAGGCCUUUGAUCUCCCACUGCAUGGGGCCUCAAGCGGCGUAGGCUCCCACGGCUACAGCACACCGGGUGACGCGUACAGCUAUGCAUACCCAAGCGAAUUGAACCCUUCAGCAGAGGCGCAUCUCUUAGACCAUGUCGUCAGCAGCAGCACUAGUCGCACCCGGUCAUCGAGGCACCGGGAUUCGGUAUCCUCCUCAAGAUCCAGAAGAGUCAAAUACCCUCUCUCGCCACCCAGCGUGUCGUCGUCGACAAAAUCUACAACUUCCAAGCUUCGAUCCGCCUCGCGGGCCUCGAAAAACACACACCUCAACCCGCCACAGACGGAGGAGGAGCGCAAAAACAGGGCCUCACAUAACCAAGUCGAGAAGCAGUACCGGAAUCGGCUGAACGCCCAUUUCGAGGCACUGCUCAACACUCUUCCAGAGUAUAUGCGCGGUGGCGACAUAGAAGACGAAGAGGGCGACAGAAAGAUCAGCAAGGCAGAGGUCCUGGAAAUGGCUAGGCGGCACAUCACGAGCUUGGAACGAGACUACGCGGCGAUCGAGAACGAAAGGGACGAACUGAAAGACACUGUUGAAAGGCUGAAAUGGAUGUUGACGAGUCGGGGCGACGGCGUCAAUGUGAAGGGCCCAUGA